AUGACAAUCCAUGUAAACCACCUUAUUGCACUGUUUCAGCGCCUACGUGCAUACCUGUUCUUUCGACGUAUCAAUGGCCACUCCACAAUCUCAUCGCGCGACCGUGCCCAGCGCCGAAUGGCUUGCUUAUUUGUCAUUGGUUUCGUGCUGCUCACGCUGCUCUGCGCCUGGUUUGCGAAUCAGUUUCUUCUCAAGUUUUCUGACGAUGUCUCGCCAGCUGUUAAAUGGCCUAGUGGUGGCGGCGCCCUAGAAGACAGCAGCUCCUCUGCUCGGGCUGCCCUUUAUGCCACACGUGGCCGUCAACACCACUAG